AGCUUAACAUUUCCUAAGCCAUACAGAGCGGGAGGACAGAGAGAGAGGGGGGAGGGGAAGACCAUGGCGGCUGCUGUAGGUGACGUUGAGGUGGUGGAUUUUGAGCCCGACGAGGACGAUCUCAUGGACGAGGAGGUUGGCAUCGCCGAGGCGGAUCCCUCGCCUGCCCCUAAGCUCCGAUCCACCAUCGCUGGCGUCGGCUCCUCCGGAUUAAUACCCAGGAAGACCAAAGGCCGGGGCUUCCGCGAGGAGGCGGGUCCGGAUCGCGGCAGCCAUCUGUCUGCCAGGGAUUUCGAUUCUCUCGAUUCAGAUGGAGGUCCGGGGCCACAGCGAUCUAUUGAGGGAUGGAUUGUGUUAGUAUCUGGAGUUCAUGAAGAAGCACAGGAAGAUGAUCUUCAUAAUGCCUUUCGUGAAUUUGGUCAAGUAAAAAAUUUGCAUUUAAAUCUUGACCGCCGCACUGGUUUUGUGAAGGGUUAUGCUCUAAUUGAAUAUGAGAACUAUGAGGAAGCACAGGCUGCAAUUACAACACUUAAUGGAACUGAGCUCCUUACACAGACAAUUUUUGUUGAUUGGGCCUUCAGCAAAGGUCCAGUUAUGCGGAGAAUCACUAGGAGAAGAUCCCCACGAGCUCAUCGUUCAAGGAGCCCCCCUAGGAGAAGAUACUGAAGCUACGUUGCUUGACCAGUGUGAUUUUGGAUGUUAUCCUCUUACCUUUGGAUCUCUAUUAGAUAAAAUUCAAUGGGAAAACACAGGACUGCAAUGGAAUCUUGAGAAGUUGAAGAGUGAUUGUGCUUGUAUUUCAUAUUAAUGCUUACCAUUGUCUGCCUUAGUUGAUGUUUGUGGCAUUGCUUAGUGAUUUUAAUGGCACCUUGGUUAUUUCAUAUUUUGCUAAGUCAUGAUAUAUCCGAGGUUAGUUUUGACAA